UACACGAUAAAAGAAAACCGACUCACUGCCACACACACACACACAUAUAUAUACACACACACGCGUAUAUAUAUAUGUUCAACUUAAGUGAAGCUUCUAUAACCUUCUGAAACAGACAGAAACUAGUUCUCAGUGGUCGGAGAAUGGGAAGAUCGCCGUGCUGCGACAAAGAUGGUCUGAAGAAAGGGCCGUGGACGCCCGAAGAAGACGAGAAACUCUUGGCUUACGUCGAACAACACGGUCACGGUGGAUGGCGUUCUUUACCAUCGAAAGCCGGUCUUCAUAGAUGUGGAAAGAGUUGCAGGCUUCGAUGGAUUAAUUAUCUCAGACCUGAUAUUAAACGUGGCAAAUUCAGUUCCCAGGAAGAACAAACCAUCAUUCAGCUUCAUGCCCUUCUCGGUAACCGGUGGUCAGCUAUUGCGACGCAUCUACCAAAGAGGACCGACAACGAGAUCAAGAACCAUUGGAACACCCAUCUCAAGAAACGGUUAGCCAAGAUGGGGAUUGACCCGGUUACGCAUAAACCGAAGAACGAAACCCUCUUGACGAUGAGCACUGGUCAGACCAAAAACGUGGUGAAUCUUAGCCACAUGGCUCAGUGGGAGAGUGCCCGGCUCGAAGCUGAGGCCAGGCUCGUCCGAGAAGCCAAGCUCAGGUCCUACUCGGUCAGAUGCCGUCAGACGACGUGGAGUUCCGCCUCCAAUAUUGAAAACGGCAUGGAGUUCGUCAACGCUGCAUCCGAUGACGAUGCAACUAGAACUGCGUCUUGUCCAACGCUCCAUCGGCAAAACGUGACGGAGUCUAUUGCCGCGACCUCGGAUCCGUCGGACUCGAGCAAAGGUGACUCCGGUGAUAAUGAUAAAGACAACAGUAGGGACGAGGAUGACGUAUCAGAAGGUUACAAGGGCAAUUUGGACAUUUCACUCGAGUUCGGGUCGGACCGGGUCGUUGACAAUGUCGCGGGAGAAGGAUUCGCGGAUCUUCUGCUAAAUGGGUCGGUUGACCGGAGUUUGUCCGGAGAGGGGAGGGAAUAUUCCGGCGAGAGCUGUGGGAGCCAUUACUUAAUUGAGGACAAUAGAGACUAUUGGAACAACAUUCUUGACAUGGUUAAUUCUCUACCGUCAGAUUCGCAAAUGUUCUAGAGAUCGACGGCCAUUAUGUUAGCCGCUUUUGUUCGAUCACGACGUGCUUGCUAGAUAAUUUUGUUGGCUACCAAACUAUAUUCUAUAUUCCGAAUAUUAUACAUUGAUCGGCAGCUCGAGUACUCAA